AUGACAACACCAAACCAGGCGCCCGUCAUCGUCAUCGGCGGCAGCCUCGUGGGCCUCGCCAGCGCCCUCUUCCUCUCCGCCCACAGCGUCCCCGUCGUCCUCGUCGAGCGCCACACGGCUAGCUCGCCGCACCCGCGCGCCAUCGGCUACACCCCGCGGACUCUCGAGCUCCUCGAGUCGGUCGGCAUCCCCGCCAGCUCGCUCCGCGCCGGCAAGGGCCCGCCGGGCGGUCGGCCCCGUCGCAUCAAGGUCCAGAGUCUGGCGGGCGAGUGGACGGACGAGCAGCACUGGAACAACAACAGCAACAGCAACAACACGAAACCCAACGGCGGGCCUAAAGGACCUCCAGGCGGUCCCCCGGGCGACGGCGCCAAGGUCUACUCGCCUCUCAUCAGCGCGGCCAUCACCCAGGACCGCCUCGAACCCAUCCUCCGCCGGCGUGCCGUCGAGCUCGGCGCCGACCUCCGCCUCGGGUGGAAGAUGACCUCCUGGGCCCAGUCGGCCGACGGCGUCAGCGUCACGGCCGUCAACAAGCAGGGCGAGCAGGUGACGCUCGACGGGUCGUACAUCGUCGCCUGCGACGGCGCGCGCAGCGCCUUGCGCGAGCAGCUCGGCAUCCCGACGACGGGCGUCGGUCACCUCCGCAGCCUGUGCAGCAUCAUGUUCCGCUGCGCGCCUGUGGAGCACUACCUGGACCGGGGCUUCGUGCAGUUCGCCAUCGAGGGCCGCGAUGACGGGUUCGAGGCCUUCCUCGUCAGCUACCACGACGGGCGGUGGGCGCUCAUGUGGAACACCGACCCCGCCGAUGCCCCCGAUGCCCCGGACAGCAGCGACAACGAUAACGACAACGAUAACAACAACAAGAACAAGAACAAGAACAAGAACAGAAACAACAGGACGAACACGGCAGACACGCCCGAAGCCCAGAGGGCCCUCGUCCGUAAAGCCCUCGGGCUCGGCCCUGACGUCGUCCGCGACGAGGACAUCGAGCUCGUCGCCGUCGGGCACUGGGACAUGAGCGCGCGGAUCGCCGAGCGGUUCUCGUCCGGGCGCGUCUUCCUCGCGGGCGACGCCGCGCACACGCUGCCGCCCAACCGCGGCGGCUACGGCGCCAACACGGGGUUCGCCGACGCGCACAACCUCGCGUGGAAGGUGGCCGCCGUGCGGUCGGGCGCGGCGGACGCCUCGAUCCUGGCGACGUACGACGAGGAGCGGCGGCCCGUGGCGCUCGUGCGGCACGACCAGCUCUUCGUGCGGGACGACUACAAGCCGUACGCGCGCAGCGGCGGCGGAGACUGGGCGGCGACGGGGCGGGCGGUGGAGGUCCUCGACGACAUCGCCAUGGAGCUGGGCCAGAUCUACCGCUCUGCCGGCGUGGUCCUCGGGGUCGAGGGGGAUGGGGACGGGUUGCCGGACGCGAUGAGGCCCGACGAGUGGCGCGGCCAGCCCGGGACGAGGGCGCCUCACGUGGCGAUGGUGAGGCGCGAGACGGAGGAGGAGGAGGAGGAGGAGGAGAUCUCGAGCCUGGCGUUGUUCGGGAGGGGAUGGGUUCUCCUCUCGAGGGACGGGGGGUGGAGGGGCGUCGCGGACGGGGCCGGGACGCGGGUCGGCGUUGCGUGCGAGUUCGUCUGCGUCGGGGAGGACGUCGUGGAGGCGAACGAGAGGGAGACGUUCGAGGACAGCUUCGGGGUGGGACCAUCGGGGGCCGUUCUGGUGAGGCCCGACGGGUUCAUCGCGUGGAGGGCGGCCGAGCGGGGUCCCGGGUUUGAGGGCGAUUUCGCGGAUGUCUUCAGAAGGGUCACCUUUGCGAGGGUUUGA